ACAUCUUUUUUCCCAUCCAUUCUCGUCAUUUGCCGUACAGAUAAAUGAUCUGCUGUCAGAGGCACCUCCAGUGAGAGACAACAUAUACCUCAUCUCAAGCGGCCAUACAAGUAUCUUUCAUUUCGGCGCCACAGCACGCAUCUUCGGCGAAAGACGGACACAGGCCGACAAAAGAGAUCUAACCCUUCAUCUUAUUCUCCUUUCACCUUACUUCGAAUACCUCACAUCAUACACAAGCAUACGAGACAGGUUAUGGGAAGGAAAAAGAUUGAAAUUCGCCCGCUCACUGACGAGCGUAACAGAAAUGUUACCUUUCUCAAGAGGAAAGCAGGUUUGAUGAAGAAGGCCUGGGAAUUAUCGGUACUUUGUGCCGCAGAUGUGUCGAUCAUCAUAUUUUCUGCGGCCGGCAAGGCGUUCGAAUUCUCAAGCAAGGAGCUGGAUAGUGAGAUAGACAGGUAUCACGAUUAUGAAGGGAUGAUUGAGAGGAGACGGGCGGCAGAGUUUGCAGCAAUGGCGCUGGCGGGAGAGGAUGAUGAUGAUGAUGAAGAUGAUGAUACUUCAAGGAGAGGCUCUGCGUCCAAAAGCAAGGCGGCGGCUGCGGCAAACGGCAACCCUCCUCCUACUAGGAGUCUCAAAGGGAAGGAAACGUUCAAGCACCGAACAGUACGGCCAGGUGAAGACAGGAAGAGGAAAAGACAGGACAAGAAACAGCGACGUAAAAGUGAACCAAGCGAGAAGAGGAGUUUCAUCGAUGAGAUCAUGAGUGGAGGCGAGUCUGAUAGUGAAGAAGAAGAGAAGCCCAGACGACGGUCAAAUGCAGAACAUGGGAAUGGGAAGCGUAUGAGUAGUUUGAGGGAAGAGGACGAGUUGGCUGAUGACGUGCCCCACGCAUCAAGACAAUCUCUCGAUGGAUUACAAUACGCACUCAGUAUGCACGCCUCUCAACCAUCAUUCGAACGCUUUGCAUCUCGUCAUCGAUCUCCUCACGCCGAAUUUCUAGCUCCUGCCGCUUCAUCCUCCCAAACACCGCUUACAACUCCCACAAUCCAUCGUCACCCAUCAGACACCAUUCCAUACCCAAUGACCAACUCUCUUGCCGCUGCUCCGAUGCAAGCAUCUUUAGGUGUCCCACAGCUCGGUGUUCAUCCUUCCUAUCCUCACAAUCCUAACGGUCAUCCCGGUUAUCUUGGUUACCCCAAGUCUCUUUUGGGGAUGCAAGCGUCAUAUCUACCUCGUCAACCAUUUGCUGACGCACCUCAGCCUUCACCAUACUACGGUGCUCAGGGCCCAGGGUCUCAUCCCGGUGGGCCUCCUCAACCCGGCCUUCCAACGCAGAUGCCUGGGGGACAGCCUAUUCAAUGGGAUCAAAAUCUCCUCGCUCGUUAUGCCGAGUUCCAACUCCAGCAGAAUCACCAGCGUCAGCAACGCAUACUCUUAGAGAGACAACGACAACAACUGGCAGAGCUGGGUGUACCUCUUGACGAGAAGAAUUUGUUGGACGAGAUCUUUGGAGGGGUAGGAGCCAGCCGGUCGGUGAGUGGAGGUGCAGAUCCAAGUGGGGCAGGUCCGGGGUCAGCGCUUCUUACCGGACUUGGCAAUACUGCCUCUGAAGGGAGAGAAGAAGGGAAUAGCCUAGAGUUCAUCUGGCCAUUGGGUAAUAAUGCCGCUGCUGCUGCGCCAAUUAGCGAUGAAGAUCGAAACGACGUUUCUUCCCGUUCUGUUAUUUCUGCUGGCCAUCAUCAGGCGGCUUAUGGAUAUGGAAAGCCGCAUGUUCAGCAGCAAAAGACGGGUUGGGGGUUUGAUGGGGCCGGCUUUGAAUCAAUGGAGGAAGUGGCCAGCGGGAGUGGAGUGGGUUUACCAAGUCCUGUUUCAGCAGGUGCUGGCGGGGGCAGGAAGUAGAUGAGGCGACGAUGAUCGAGAAGGCAAGAAUCUAAUCAUGCGUUUGAUAUGGUAUGGCCGUCGCAUACUAGAAAAUUUCUUCUAAUUCACUGAAAAAAAUAGCUUGCGUCGAAAGAAGCGCUUUUGUAACUAGUCAGUCUGCCUUUUACCAACAGUUUCUUUUUCACUCGAUUCGUUUUCCGUUUCUCGUUGGAAUUAGGACUAAAAUCAGAGCUCCUUUUACGGCAGUGUAGCGUCCUUAUAUCAUGUAUUCUGCUUGUAUCUUUGAUCUGUGCAUGCG